UCACAGCUUGGAGGCAUCACUGCAUCACGACUCUGUAGGCAGGCAGCCAGUCAUUCCUCCCACCUGCCGGAAUUAAAAGCCCCGAUCGAUCCAGCAAAGUGCAUCACGCCCUACAACCUUUCCCAAGUCCCCAAACCAACGUCGUCGUCUUCUCUCUCAGGCUCUCAGUCUCAGCCAUCGUCCCAGCCCACCGUCGGCGGCCGUCGCUCCGUGGAUUCAUUAUCUCGGCCUGCCGGCCAGCCGAGCUUCCCGUAUGUCAGGCGGCGGCGGCGGCGGCUAAGGCAUAGCCAAGGCUCGAGCGAGGCCGCCGGAGCGGCUGACCAUUUCUUUGUGCACACUGCAGAACCUCACUCGAUCAGCUCCAAGAACACCAGAGCCAGCCAGACAGGCAGCCUUCUGUUAGCCAUCACAAGCUAGCAACUGACGAUGGGCUUGAGGAGGACCUGACCCAAGCAUCAGUGCAGUAAACAUCGGACACAUGGCUUCCCUCACAAGUUCAUGGAUGGCGGGCAUGUGCGGGAGCCCAUUUUGCUCCAAGGAAGCUUCAGCGUCAUGUGGAUGGGAGGAAAUACUCAACUCCUCCACUUGCACGAAUCAUAUCCUGGCGAUUGGCAUCGCUACUCUGAUCGUCAUCGUUCUUGCAAUCCAUCUUUUCGUCAGGAUCGCAAAGAGCAGACCACAUGUGCAGCUGCUUGUCGCACUCACUUCGCCACUGCAGUUGGCUGCUGUAGUGUUCAAUGGCUGCUUGGGUCUCAUUUAUCUUGGCCUUGCAUUGUGGAUGCUGGGGACCAACUUCAGCCAGCAUGCCUCUGUUUACCUUCCACAUCGAUGGUUGGUGAACUUGUCUCAGGGAGUCAGUUUGAUCCUUAUCAGCUUUGCUUUCAGCAUCAGAUCACAGUUCCUUGGAGCAGCAUUUUUCCGGGUUUGGUCAGUUCUGCUAACCACAUAUGCUGCAUUCGUUUGCUGUACCUCGGUUGUUUACAUGAUUGCAGAUAAGGUUCUAGGCAUGAAGGCUUGUUUGGAUGUUCUAUCCUUACCAGGUGCACUACUGCUCCUUGUUUAUGGGAUUUGGCACGUCAGGGAAGAUGGCAAUGGAGGAGUUGAAAGUGCUUUAUAUAAGCCUCUGAACACUGAGACUCACGAAGAUACAGCUGGUUCUGAGAGUCAUGUAACCCCGUUUGCUAAAGCCGGGAUUUUCAGCGUGAUGACAUUUUGGUGGCUAAAUCCUAUGAUGAAGGUGGGUUAUGAGAAGCCUCUUGAGGACAAAGACAUGCCACUUUUAGGUCCCUCGGAUCGAGCAUAUAGCCAGUACUUGAUGUUUUUAGAGAAUCUGAACAGGAAGAAGCAGUUGCAGGCAUAUGGAAAUCCGUCAGUCUUUUGGACUAUCGUUUCUUGUCACAAAAGUGAAAUCUUGGUUUCAGGUUUCUUUGCAUUGCUCAAAGUGGUUACAUUGUCUUCGGGUCCAGUGAUUUUGAAAGCAUUCAUCAAUGUUUCACUUGGGAAAGGCUCCUUUAAAUAUGAAGCCUAUAUUUUAGCUGCAACAAUGUUUGUUACUAAAUGCUUUGAAUCUUUGUCACAAAGGCAGUGGUAUUUCCGUACUCGGAGGUUAGGACUCCAAGUGCGGUCAUUCCUAUCGGCUGCCAUCUAUAAGAAACAACAGAAGCUGUCGAGCUCUUCAAAACUGAAGCAUUCUUCUGGAGAGAUCAUAAACUAUGUCACUGUUGAUGCCUACCGGAUUGGUGAGUUCCCAUACUGGUUCCAUCAGACAUGGACGACAAGUGUCCAACUCUGCAUUGCUCUAGUGAUUCUGUAUAAUGCAGUCGGUCUUGCUAUGAUUGCAUCACUGGUUGUCAUCGUUCUCACUGUAAUUUGCAAUGCUCCUCUAGCCAAGUUGCAACACAAAUUUCAGAGUAAACUUAUGGAAGCACAAGAUGUGAGACUAAAGGCGAUGUCAGAGUCCUUAAUUCACAUGAAGGUCUUGAAACUUUAUGCAUGGGAGACUCAUUUCAAGAAGGUCAUUGAGGGGUUAAGGGAAACUGAAAUCAAGUGGUUGUCAGCAUUCCAGCUUAGGAAAUCGUACAACAGUUUCCUAUUCUGGACAUCACCUGUUUUAGUUUCGUCUGCAACCUUUUUUACAUGCUAUCUUUUGAAAAUUCCUCUUGAUGCUAGCAACGUAUUCACAUUUGUGGCCACUCUGCGCCUUGUUCAAGAUCCAAUUAGGCAGAUACCAGAUGUAAUUGGAGUCGUUAUACAAGCUAAAGUUGCUUUCACUAGGAUAACAAAGUUUCUUGAUGCGCCUGAGCUGAAUGGACAGGUUAGGAAGAAAUACUGUGUGGGCAAUGAAUAUCCUAUAGUGAUGAACUCUUGCAGUUUCUCAUGGGAUGAGAACCCAUCAAAACCAACUCUGAAGAAUAUAAAUUUGGUAGUCAAAGCUGGAGAGAAGGUUGCAAUCUGCGGCGAGGUAGGAUCGGGGAAGUCAACACUUUUGGCUGCAGUUCUUGGAGAGGUUCCUAAAACUGAAGGCAUGAUCCAAGUUUGUGGGAAAAUAGCAUAUGUUUCUCAAAAUGCAUGGAUCCAAUCAGGAACCGUGCAAGACAAUAUUCUCUUUGGGUCUUCGAUGGACAGGCAAAGAUACCAAGAAACACUUGAGAGGUGUUCUUUAGUAAAAGACCUUGAAAUGUUGCCAUAUGGAGAUAAUACUCAAAUCGGGGAGAGGGGUGUAAAUCUUAGCGGUGGUCAGAAGCAGCGUGUUCAGCUUGCUCGUGCAUUAUACCAAAAUGCAGACAUUUAUCUUCUUGAUGACCCUUUCAGCGCUGUUGAUGCUCACACAGCAACUAGUCUUUUUAAUGAAUAUGUCAUGGGAGCUCUGUCAGAUAAGACUGUCCUUUUGGUGACCCACCAAGUCGAUUUUUUGCCUGUAUUUGAUUCUGUUCUGUUAAUGUCAGAUGGAAAAAUUAUUCGUUCUGCACCUUAUCAAGAUUUAUUGGCAUAUUGUCAAGAAUUUCAGAACCUUGUAAAUGCCCAUAAAGACACUAUCGGUGUUUCAGAUCUUAACAGAGUCGGCCCCCACAGAGGAAAUGAAAUAUUGAUCAAGGGAUCGAUUGAUAUUCGUGGAACCCUAUACAAAGAGUCUUUGAAGCCAUCACCAGCAGAUCAGUUGAUCAAGACAGAGGAAAGAGAAAUGGGUGACACUGGUCUCAAGCCUUAUAUCCUUUACUUGCGUCAGAAUAAAGGCUUCUUCAAUGCCUCUCUGGGUGUUCUUUGCCAUAUAAUUUUCUUAUCUGGCCAAAUAUCGCAGAAUUCAUGGAUGGCUGCUAAUGUUCAGAAUCCUGAUGUUAAUACACUUAAGUUGAUUUCUGUGUACAUUGCAAUUGGAAUCUUCACAGUGUUCUUCUUGCUAUUUAGAUCGUUAGCACUUGUCGUUCUUGGGGUCCAGACAUCAAGAUCUUUAUUUUCCCAGUUACUCAACUCAUUGUUCCGUGCACCAAUGUCCUUUUUUGAUUCUACCCCUCUUGGAAGGGUACUUAGCCGGGUAUCUUCAGAUUUGAGUAUUGUUGACCUUGAUGUUCCAUUUGGAUUGAUGUUUGCUGCUGGUGCCAGCUUAAACGCAUAUAGCAAUCUGGGGGUAUUGGCUGUUGUUACAUGGCAAGUUCUGUUCGUCAUAGUGCCGAUGAUGGUUUUGGCACUCAGGUUGCAGAGGUACUAUUUAGCCUCAGCUAAGGAAUUGAUGAGGAUCAAUGGCACUACCAAAUCAGCUCUGGCUAAUCACUUGGGCGAGUCAGUUGCAGGGGCAAUAACAAUAAGGGCUUUUGAGGAAGAAGAUCGUUUCUUUGAAAAAAAUUUGGAACUUAUUGACAAGAAUGCUGGUUCAUAUUUCUAUAAUUUUGCAGCAACUGAAUGGCUGAUUCAACGUCUGGAGACAAUGAGUGCUGCAGUUCUUUCUUUUUCUGCCUUUAUUAUGGCUCUUCUUCCUCCAGGAACUUUUAGCUCUGGGUUUAUAGGAAUGGCAUUGUCUUAUGGUCUAUCCCUAAAUAAUUCAUUUGUUUUCUCUAUCCAAAAUCAGUGCCAGCUAUCAAAUCAAAUAAUCUCUGUGGAAAGGGUGAACCAGUACAUGGACAUACCAAGUGAAGCAGCAGAGAUUAUUGAAGAAAAUCGACCAUCACCAAACUGGCCGCAAGUUGGUAGGGUGGAUCUUAGAGAUUUGAAGAUCAGAUACAGGCAAGAUGCUCCUCUUGUACUACAUGGAAUCACAUGCACUUUCGAAGGUGGAGAUAAGAUCGGUAUAGUUGGCCGGACAGGAAGUGGAAAGACAACUUUAAUUGGUGCAUUGUUUCGUCUUGUUGAGCCAACUGGAGGGAAAAUAAUUAUAGACUCUGUAGAUAUCACUACAAUUGGCUUACAUGACCUGCGUUCACGUUUGGGUAUCAUUCCGCAAGAUCCGACACUCUUUCAGGGAACCAUAAGAUAUAAUCUAGAUCCUCUUGGGCAAUUUUCGGAUCAACAAAUAUGGGAGGUUCUUGACAAAUGUCAGCUUCUUGAAGCUGUCCAGGAGAAGGAACAGGGAUUGGACUCACUUGUUGUGGAGGAUGGUUCGAACUGGAGCAUGGGUCAAAGGCAGCUCUUCUGUUUGGGACGUGCACUUCUAAGAAGAUGUCGUAUCUUAGUUCUCGAUGAGGCCACGGCAUCUAUAGACAAUGCUACUGAUGCUAUCCUUCAGAAAACAAUCAGGGCAGAAUUCAGAGAUUGCACUGUUAUCACUGUUGCACACCGUAUACCCACUGUUAUGGACUGCAAUAUGGUACUUGCAAUGAGUGACGGGAAACUAGUGGAGUAUGACAAACCUACAAAGCUCAUGGAAACGGAAGGAUCUCUCUUCCGUGACCUCGUCAAAGAGUACUGGUCAUACACAUCGAAUGGAAAUAUUUAGAACUCACCUCGUCAAAGAGUACUGGUCAUACUCAUCAAUUGGAAAUACAUGUUCAGUCUCUUAAAAGGAGAUACAAAAAUCUUGGCUCGCACAACUGAAGAAGUCUUCUAUCUGAAAUCUUAAGAAAAGGAAUCAGGCAUUGUCAGGAAAUGCUCGUUAUCAAGUUUUCACCACCCAUUCUGAGCAACUUUUUGAUCACUUCUGUUUUGGGUCAUUGAUUCCCUUCAGGCACUGAAUAGAAGGAAACCUGUCCCUCAAAAAAAAAAAAACAGAGGAAAUCUUCAGCAUUUCUUUGCUCCAAUAGUGAGGUAAAUAAAAGAAUAAAUGGGAGGUAUUAACAUCAAGUCUGCAACGGUGAUACUUCAUGUUCAUAGAAAUGCUUAGGCUAUUCCAUUGAAAUUUUGUGGUGUAUACUUACAUUCCUACAAAACUAAGUCGAGUAUAUGAUGUUUGGGGGGGAAAUAAUGGCUUUUCAGCACCCUCUUGUUCAUGUUUAAUGUAUAUUCAUCGAGAGAACCGAUUUGGUGGUAACUCUGUUUUCA